AUGCCGAAACCAGCGACCUCCGUCGUUUGUCCUCCCGGCCUUGAGUACCUGACAGUCAUAGAUCAAGUUAUAAUACAGCAGGAAUUGGAACUCGCUGAAGCUGUUCUUGGUGCCGAGACUUGCAAUUCAUACACUGCUAAGAACUCAGCGGGCCAGUUCAUGUUCUCUAUAAAGGAAGAUUCAAGUUGUUGCGCGAGGUACUGCUGCGGGCCAAGGCGAUGUUUCGUGAUGGACGUCCUGGACUACAAAAAUGACGCCGUGAUGCGCUUCGUGCGGUACCUGAGAUGCACGCAGUGCUGGUUUUUUUGUUGUCUGCAGGUAGUGGAAGUUCAAGCUCCACCAGGGACUCUCAUCGGUCAUGUACGUCAGCGGUGGUCCAUAUGCUUUCCUACGUACGCAAUUUAUGACCGGAGUGGGAAUAGAGUGCUGGAUAUUGUGGGCCCCAUUUGCACUACCAGCGUACCUUGCAAGUGCGACGUCGAUUUCGAAGUUCGAUCAGCAAACGGCGCCGCCAUAGGCAAGAUCACCAAGAAGUGGAGUGGCUUCAUGAAGGAGUUCUAUACAGACAUCGACAAUUUUGGCGUCACGUUCCCAAUAGACUUGGAUGUCCAUAUGAAAGGUGCACUUAUCGCGGCCACUAUGCUCAUCGACUACACGUUCUACGAGAAAACAUGCGGGAGGAGUGACAGCAAAGCACCUGGGAUGGUGGCAUGACACUCCAGUCUACGUUUUUAGCACGAACGGCUACUGUAAUUGCAAGGCAGAGACUAUUAGCAUGACUGCAGACUGACGCUCUUUUAUGCGUGUCCUCUACGACUAAAGCUACCGCCUCUUAUGGGAAAGUGCCCGAAAAAAAAAAGAACGAUCGUCGAUUCAAAUUGAGCAAAUAGAAGCGGUAAUUUACAAUACCAACACUCAGCGGUUUUCUGAGCACGGCCAUAUCACGCGCAUUAAAUUCCAAGUCCCUUUGA